AUGACCAUCGAAAACACAUAUUGGAAAAACGUCCUCACGGUCGUCCCUAUCGUGGGUGCGGCCAUCGCGACCCUGACCUAUAUUCUCCGGCUGGUAUCCUGUCGCAUCUCCACAGUAGGGCUGAGGCUGGAAGAUCUCUUGAUGGGCAUCGGCUUGAUCCUCUCCUAUUGCGCCACCGCUUUUGUUAUCUAUAGGCUCAUGGAUGAUUCAGAAAUUCUGGGCGCCAUCCAUGGCGUUCGUCAAGAUCUCGAUUAUUGUUUUCCUCCAACGCAUCCUCGGCACAGAGGCCAUUGUAUGCAUGGCCAGACCAAAUUUUUUCAGGCUAUGGGAAGCAUCGCCUUAGUGGAGGAUGUGACGAUUUUACUUAUGCCGGUGCCGAUCGUCUGGCGACUGAAGAUCACGCUGCGCCAAAAGAUCGCAGUAACUAUUGUCUUCUCGUUGGGAGGAUUGGUCUGUAUCUUUAGUCUGAUGCGUCUCAUUGAAUUCCGCAACUUUGUUGUCACGGAUUUAGCUUCAUCCAGUGCCAAAGAGUCGAUCUGGACGGUACUCGAACUCGAUGUCGCCAUUAUCUGUGGUUGUCUCCCUCUCCUCAAACCCCUCCUGGCCGGAUUUCUUGGCACCGUCAAGAGCAUCUCGAAAGGCCAGUCUAAUUCGGGCACGAAGUUAUAUUUCCACACAAGUGGGACUCACAAUCACGACGGAUUCCACAAAAUCAGCGACCCACACGGGGCGACAGCCAGCCAAAGUCGGGAAGUGGCGACGCAGUCUACUCGGCGUGGGAGCUCAGAGAUUGAACUGCAGGGAAUUGAAGUACACACGGCGAUCGAAAGUAGGUCGGAGGUUGCAAAUAACCCUCAUGUAGUGGAGAAAGGGGCAUGGGCAUUGCCAUGA